GUGCCUGUUGUCUAAAUGCAGCUUCCUUUAGUUCUGGCUUUCAGCAAGAUGGCCCUGCCGCAGCCCUCCUCUUUGUGAACGCUGGGGCUGCCACUAUUAUGGCUUUAUCAUCAGCGACAUUCCAGAGGAUGAAGACUCCCCUGAUCCCAAUCUCUCCUCUCCUCUCCUCUUCUGAUGAGGGUGAGGGAUGGGGAAGGGGUCCCAGCUCCUAGCACUUCCUCCCCUCACCCCAGAGUGCCAUCAGAACAGCUCUGGGCUGUGACAUCACAGAGCCCCCACCUCAUGAUAGGAGUCAUGAGGUUGUGGCCAUGGGUGCUGGUGUGGGUGUGGCUGGCUGCAAUAGGGGCCAUAGACACUGGGUCCCAAGCCAGCUUCAGCCUUCAGAGAUAAAGGUAGGGGUCAGCUUGGUUGUUGUCACAGACUUUGCUUGGAUCCUAGCACCCAGACCCAAGCGUGCCACGGCGUCAGCCCUGGGGACAGAGUCUCCGCACUUCUUAGACAGGCCUGACUUCUUCGAUUAUCCAGACUCAGACCAAGCCAGGCUCCUGGCUGUGGCCCAGUUUAUUGGAGAGAAACCCAUCAUGUUCGUUAACUCAGGUUCCAGCCCCGGGCUCUUCCAUCACAUCCUGGUAGGCUUCCUGGUGGUGGUGGUCUUCUUUCUCCUUUUCCAGUUCUGCACCCACAUAAACUUCCAGAAAGGGGCCUAAAGAGCCGGACAGGGGCCCCGGACUCAACCUGAGCACCCACACCCACCUCCUCUCCUGUCGAUGAGCAAAAGUUCCCCACUUUUCUCCUCCCUGACUGCCCAGCGGGGAGCUGGGGAUCCCGCUCCCUGUGCGUUUCCCACAGCCCAAGCCCCCCACCUCCCCCCUUCCCAGCCCCAAAGAACUUGAUGGUGAGGGCCUUGGUGGCGUUCACGCAGAUCGUCUUUUAUUAGCGGUCUGUAAAGCACCUCCCAGGGUCCCCCGACCCCAGAUUGGAGGAAGCCUUGAGAGGUCAGUAGCACCAGGGACAUGGCAGGGCCCGAGGGCGCGAUGUGCAGCCGAUGGUGAGGGACUGGGCGCCCUCGCCUGCCCCCGGGGUUGUCAGCACUGGGAAGGCUUGGGGGUAGCAGCCACCUCUCUCCCUCAACCCCUCAACCCAACAGACUAGUUCAAAUUUGGGUAAAUAAAUAAAAUAAAUAAGAUUUCUCAAGCUGGCCUACCCUGGAGAGGAGCCGUGGUUGCAGCCGGCCGCUCGGGAGGCCCGAGGGCCAGCCGGGUUAGUUGGGACGUCCUCUCCUCUCGGGU